AUGAGAACCGCAACCUUGAUCACGGCACUUUUCGUGGCUGUCUUGUGUGGCGUUGGCUUCCAGACCGCGGAUCCUCCACCAUUUUAUGGUGUUGGUUUCCUCACUUCGCUGAACGGGUCGAUCCAGACCAGCAGCGAUGGUUUCCUGGCCAAUCUUCCCACCAAGACUCCGACUCCAGUCACCGCUGCACCUCCACCGAGUCUUACGCCAGCCGGUUUACCUUUCACUCUGUCAACUUUUAUCUUCUCAAGCUCUGCUAUGGCUCCGGUGCCCGCGCCCCCAGUCGAGACCACCAAUGUCACAGCUACCAGCAUCAGUACCACGACGGCCUUAGAGAGCAGCACUGCCACUGCCGGUCCAGUUUCGACCUCGUCGUCUUCAAUCACUCCUACUGUUCUUGUCACCACGAUCACGGUUUUGCCUCUGCCUGCGACUCCUACCGGAAAUAAUAGCUAUACCACGGCAAACAAAACCACAAGUGAUCUUCCUGGAGCGAAGACUUCUGCGACCACGACUCCUCUCACCACAGCUACAUCCAACAGCACCGGCGCCGAGCCUGGCGAGCACAAGACGCUCAGCCACGGCCAGAAACUUGCCGCAAUCAUCGCGCCCAUCUUGGGGUUGUUCGCGAUUGCCAUCGCCGCCUUUGUUGGAUACUGGCUAAGGACCCGUCGCCUGGAGCGCCAGCGAGCAGACCGCCUGGAGCAGCGGGCCCGCUGGUUCCGACAAGACCACAAUGACUGGAUCCGAGCCCAGAUGAGCUCGUUCGACGACAGCAAGAUUGGCCGGAACCCGAUCGUGACGCCGGCUCCGAGCUACGACACGAUCUGUCGCCCGAGAACUCGCCCUCGGCAGUUCUCCGGGUCGACGGUCGUCGUCAACCGCUCGGAGGAGGCGUUUGUCGAUCGGGUGGUUCGUCGACGCGGCGCCGUCGAGAACCUGCGCGACUAA